AUGAUGAUCGGCUUCUUGGUCUAUUAUUUCCUUCUUUCUCUUGCGUUCUUCUUCACUCUCAACCUCUUCGUUCGAAAUAAGAACUUCAAAAACAUCCCACCCGGUCCCCCUUCUCUUCCCAUUUUCGGCAACCUCCACCAACUGAAAAAACCACUUCAUCAAGACUUUCAUCGGAUUUCUCAGCGACAUGGUCAAAUCUUUUCUCUUUGGUUUGGCUCUCGUCUCUUUGUGAUUGUCUCGUCACCGUCAGCAAUCCAAGAAUGCUUCACCAAAAACGACAUCGUCCUGGCAAAUCGGCCCCGCUUUCUCACCGCUAAGUAUUUCUCUUACAACUGCACCACCUUACUAUCGACUCCCUACGGCGACCACUGGCGCAACCUCCGCCGCAUCACCGCGCUUGAGGUGCUCUCGAAUCACCGUAUCAACAAAUUCUUGGAAAUGCGAAGAGACGAGAUGAAGCGCCUGGUGCAAAAACUUGCUCAAGACUCACAUAAUAAGGAUCAGUUUGCCAAAGUGGAGAUGAAAUCAAGAUUUGCAGAGUUGACCUUUAACACUAUGAUGAGAAUGGUUUCUGGAAAAAGGUAUUGGGGAGACGACAACGAGGUUGGGGAUGUGGAGGAGGCCAGAAAGAUUCGACAGAUUAUAAAGGAAUUGGUGUCUCUAGGAGGGGUAAAUAACACUGCAGACUUCUUGCCCAUACUUAGGUGGUUUGGUUUUGGUCACUUGGAGAAGAGGUUCAAGAGUUUGGCCAAGAGAAUCGAUGGGUUCUUUCAAGGACUUAUUGAUGAGCAUCGAUAUGAAAAACAGAGAGCAAACACUAUGAUCGAUCAUCUUUUGAGUCUCCAAGAAUCACAGCCUGAGUACUAUACUGAUCAGAUUAUUAAAGGCCUCAUUUUGGUCAUGGUUUUUGCCGGAACGGAUGGUGCAGCUGUGACUUUAGAAUGGGCAAUGUCAAGUUUAUUAAACAAUCCUCAUGUGUUGGAAAAAGCAAAGAAAGAAAUAGACACACAUAUAGGGCAAGAACGAUUAAUAGAUGAGCCAGACAUCUCAAAGCUACCAUACUUGCAAAACAUUGUCUCUGAAACACUUCGUUUGCAUCCUGCCGCACCAUUGUUGGUUCCUCAUGAGGCUUCGAAUGAUUGCACCAUUGCUGGAUAUAAUGUUCCUCGUGGAACUAUUGUGUUAAUCAAUGCUUGGGGAAACCAUAGAGAUCCCCACUUAUGGAGUGAUCCAACAAGUUUUAAGCCAGAGAGGUUUGAAAAAGAAGGAGAGGUAAACAAGCUAAUUCCAUUUGGAUUAGGAAGACGAGCUUGUCCUGGAGCAAGUUUAGCUCAACGAACAAUAGGCAUGACCUUGGGCAUGUUGAUUCAAUGUUUUGAAUGGAAACGGGUGAGUGAGGAAGAAAUUGAUAUGACAGAAGGAGCAGGAGCCACCAUGCCAAAAAUUAUUCCUCUAGAGGCCAUGUGCAGAGCACGUCAUCCAAUUAUUAACAUGCUUUUUGGUUAA